UUGGUUUUUCCUACAGCUUUUCUUUUUCUUAGUUAUUUCAUCACCGCUGUUUUCUUUCAGGUCCUUGAUGAGGUUAUCGGUUUGAGUCCAUAUAACUAUGCAGAUAGUUUGAAUUGGAACAAGCAAGCUGUAGAGCAAAUCACAAGGAGACUUGUGGCGCUCAAUCGACCUUACAAGUACAUAGUGAAUUCCUCCCUUUUGCAAAUUGGUAAUGGAACUGGGAUGAAUGUGAGUACGAUUUCAUAUUGGAACAAGGCAACAGAUCGUGAGUUUCAUUCAAAUUAUAUUUAA